CGACAACACUAACAAUACGACCAUUGUAAACAACACCUGUUUUAAGAUAAUAUCGCGAAAUUGUUCUUCUGUAAUAUUUUUUUAUGAUUUUUCGUUAAAAAUGACGGAAUUUUUGGCUAAAAACAAUGCUUGUGGUCAGAAUCUUUUACGUAUUGUAUCAAUGGGCAACUCCAUAAUAGCGGAAAUUCUAAGACUCAAGGAUUAUAUUCCUGAUGUAUAUCGGAUGAACAGUAAAGAUGAACAGCAGAAGUAUUCCGAAAUUAUAAUGGAUUUUAGUUAUUUAAAAGUGGCCGAGGCUCAUGAGCAGAAAAUUGAACAAUCUGUGGAGCUUCAAGAGUUAGACGACGAAAUACGGGAAAAUUAUUUGGAUUUAUUGACACGGUUCUAUUUGGCUUUCGAAAGUACUCAUCAGUACGCCUCAGACUUACAGCAAUUCAUCGAUGAGUUGGAUCGCGGUUAUUACAUACAACAAACCGUGGAAACUGUUCUUCAAGAUUCCGAAGGCAAACAAUUGAUGUGUGAAUCUUUGUACAUCUUCGGAGUAAUUCUUUUGAUUGUGGAUUUUCAUAUACCUGGUAUUGUAAGAGAGCGUCUUUUAAUUUCUUAUUAUCGCUACAGUGGCGCUAAAUCGCACGGUGACAGUAACAUAGACGAUGUUUGUAUGUUGUUGCGAUCCACUGGCUAUAUACCCAAUCAUCAACCAUUUGCAGGCAAUCUAAAAUCAAUGAAGGAUUUUUCGGUAACUAACUAUCCCGAAGCGUAUUUUGCACGUUUCCAGUUCGACGAAAAUUUCAUCGAUAUGGUUAUCGGUCGUUUACGGUGUGAUGAUAUUUACAAUCAACUGAGUGUUUAUCCACAUCCGGAUCAUCGUUCUACUGCUGUAUCGAACCAAGCGGCUAUGUUGUAUGUUUGUUUGUAUUUCUCCCCAAAAAUACUGCAUGCCCAAGUUGCACAAAUGCGUGAAAUUGUAGAUAAAUUUUUCAACGACAAUUGGAUGGUUUCCAUAUACAUGGGCAUUACGGUGAAUUUAGUGGACGCUUGGGAUCAGUUUAAGGCUGCCAAAGCAGCUUUAACAGCAGUAGUUGAGAUCAACACAGUCAAAGGAUUUUGUUCAUUGCAUAAAGAAAAGAUGGUCAAGUUACUCAAGCAAUCUAACGAAAUAUUAAGAGAAGGUGUGCUAAGUGAUCAUUUCGUUCUACAGAAUAUCUCAAGAAUUAUUACACUUAUAAGACAAUGUAAUGUGUUAUUAAGAUGGUAUUUUAUGCAUGCUUCCAAGCCAGUCUAUGAAAUAUCUCGUGGGGUGGUAGCUCAAAAACUAAAUCAACUAAAGGACCUGGUCCGUUUGGAGCUUCAAUACAAAAAUGUCGAUUUAUUUGAGUUACUAUUAAAUACCGCUCAACUUGAGUUAACAGUAAAAGAAAUCUUGCGUACGCUGAUGCAAGAGAAGGUAGAGAAGUGGAAUAGGUAUAAAAAAGAAGCUUUGGAACAUGUCAAAGAAUUAAGUGAAGCGUUCUCCGGUUCACGUCCUUUGAUAAAACUAGAAGGUAAUCCCCAAUUAAAAAUGUGGUUCGACGAAAUUUCCAAAGAAAUCGAGAGCAUUAAAGCAGAUAAUGUUAAUGUUUCUGGCCGGCUGCUGAUACAGCUGGUGCAAGCUUUAGAAGAGGUACAAGAAUUUCAUAAUCUGCAAACAAACAUGCAAGUGAAACAGUAUUUAGUGGAAACUAGCGAAUAUUUAACUAAAAUGUUUCAAGUCAUCAAUAUUAAGGAGGAUAUUCUAAUAAAUAUACAGUUGAUUAGCGAUUUGAGUUAUGCUUGGCAUCUUAUGGAUCGCGAUUUUACCAUCAUUAUGCAGGAGAGUAUUAAAAAGCAACCAAAAUCGGUCAUUCGUUUGCGUGCAACUUUCCUCAAGCUGGCCAGUGCUUUGGAAAUCCCUUUGAUGCGUAUCAAUCAGGCCAAAUCAGAAGAUUUGAUAUCAGUUUCCAAUUAUUACAGUUCUGAAUUGGCCAAUUACAUACGUAAAGUAUUGCAAAUUAUACCGGAAACCAUGUUCAAUAUCUUGGCUCGUAUUAUACAAUUACAAACGGAUGUUUUAAAAGAACUACCCACGCGUUUGGAGAAGGAUAAGCUUAAAGAAUAUGCUCAAUUUGAAGAUCGUUACAUGGUGUCCAAAUUAACUCAUUCCGUAGCAGUUUUCACCGAAGGUAUAUUAAUGAUGAAAACCACAUUGGUGGGCGUCAUUGAGUUAGACCCCAAGCAAUUGCUCGAAGAUGGUAUACGUAAAGAACUGGUCAAACACUUGGCAAAUGCUUUCAAUGUUGGUCUGAUUUUUAAUACACAAAAUAACAAAAAUAAACAUUCUACCCAGGAAUUAGAAAAUAAAUUAAAAGCAUUGGCCAAAGCUAUGGACGGCUAUCGCCGUUCGUUUGAAUAUAUACAAGAUUAUCUGAACAUACACGGCUUAAAGAUAUUGCAGCAAGAGCUGACACGUCUUAUCAACUACAACGUUGAGAAAGAAUGCAAUUCUUAUCUUCGCAAUAAAAUACAAGAUUGGCAGUCUCAAUACCAAAGCUCCACUAUACCCAUACCAAAUAUGCCCAUUCUGCAGGGGGACAUAAGUCAAUCAAAUAAUUUUAUAGGACGUUUGGCUCAUGAAAUAAUCAAUUGCACUCAUCCUCAGCAUAGUAUUUUUAUUGACUUAAAAGCAACGUGGUAUGAGAAGAGAGCACCGCACAAAGAAAUCCUGGAUGCACGCUUCUUUAGCAAAGUGCGAGAAGCUAUCGGUCCUGCUGGAUUGGUUGGUCUCGAUCGGCUCUAUAGUCAUAUGUUAACAGAUGAUUUGAAAAAAAAUAUAGAAAAGUUACAAAGAAACAUGUCCAACGAUAAAAUGUGGUCUUCAACACUAGAUGCCUUAACUGCAGAUCUGGAGGCAAAACAAUUUCCUGAGCAAUAUAACGGAAAUCCUGGCAAAUUUUAUGCUAGUUACCAUCAACGUUGGCUUAAAGUAUGGCCCGUUUUAGUUGAAUGGAUUUUAAAUGUAGGUCAUAAGCAGAUACUACGACAGCAGUUGGCCUACGAGCUGAAUCGCAGCAGUAAAUGCAACGCAAAAAAUUUGGAAUCAGCUUUGGAAACAUUUAACAGAUCUAUACUGAACGAAUUAGAGAGUCCUGCCGAAGAAAAUAAAUUGAAAGACAAUAAUAUUUUAGUGGAUAUCACAGAUUACUUAAUGUUUAUCGGGUCCUAUGAUCCCAUAGAACAAGUUUUUGUAUUGUGUAGAAACUCGCAUAACGUUGCGUUAUUCUAUUUUCUUUUUACCAUCGCGCAGAUGACUCGUUUGCAAUAUUCACCACAACUUCAAACACUACAAACGAAAUCCCCAAAGGAUCAAAUAGAUGUAAUGCCGUUGCUGAUGGGCUUAGCCACCAUAUUGCAACAAUUCCAUAAAGAUGUUAAACUAUUGUAUCUUACAUAUUUGUGCCAGUAUGUGACCGUUAUUGUGGAGAACAAUUUGAGUGGAAGGCACGAGCUGGGUCCCGAAGUUAUUACUACUUUACAUUUUAUGGAAACAUUUACAUGCUUAUGUAAAUUGCCACGCACAGUCCUAACUGAUCAUUUGCCUGUAAUAGUAUUAAAUCAAUACGAAUAUCUAGGUUUAAGUAUGAAAACGUAG